UCCCCUUCUCCUUAAUUUUUUUGCUCAGCCCGUCCCUACUUCUCCCCAGUUUUUGCUCACCCCAGGCGCGCUCGUUUGCUCGCUCGCUUGCUCGAUCUCCCCGCCUGGAAAACGGAAAGGAAACGUCUGCUACGCAGACUUUUGUUCCCCGAAGACAGACACCCUACCCCCUUCCCCCACCUCACUCGCUUCUUAUUGUCCUUAAGAUGAUUUUUCCGGACACCGAAAUUACAUCAAAUGCUCCAUGAAAUUACAAAUCCAAAUAUUGAAAGUUCAGUACAUACAGAGGCACACGAACAGUACAGCACAGCGUUUCCGCUGGUCAAACGAACUUUGAUUUCGUCCCAUUACGUGACGAGUCAAGAAAAGAUCUCUGAUCUCUGACGUGACGUGUACUAUUGUAACCGGGUCGCCAAAAAGGACCGAACCAUAUCAUCGUGUUGUUAGGCUCUUCUGUUUCUAAUUCACCGCUCCAAAUUUUGUCAGCUUUAAAGACGAAUUAACAAUAUUCGACAUGGCAAAGCUUUGCUCGUCAAAAAUGCCUCACAAUCAGGACAGCCUGUGGUCAUCGCUCGUGUGUUUCUCAGCAAUGAUGUGCUGGACUGCUGCAGUAGGGUUCGUGUUUAGCUUUGGUAUCUUCUUUCCGGUUUUCAUGGAUUACUUUAAAGAAGAUCGAGAACGCACAGCUUGGAUCGGUUCCCUUGCCAUUGCACUCGUAUUUUUCACUGGUUCUGUCUCAGGAAUCAUGGUCAGCAAGUUUGGUUGUCGGGCGACAUCUCUUCUUGGAGCCAUUAUCUGCGCGGUGAGUUUGGUCAGCGCAUCAAUGUCCCAAAGUCUUGUGGUUUUAUAUCUUUCCUACAGCAUACCAUUUGGUAUUGGCACCAGUUUCAUUUUCAACGCUGGGCUCGUAAUUGUGAGUAAUUACUUCACGAGGCGACGAUCUCUGGCCCUGGGUUUUGUGUCUGCUGGUCAAGGAUUGGGCGUGCUGGUUCAGGGGCCACUUCUACAGACAUUGAUCGAUCAUUAUGGCUGGAAAACUACCUACAGAAUCAUGGCCGGGGUGAUAUUUGGUGUUUGUUUACUCGGAGUAACUUACGAUCCUAAUGUGAAAUCUGACAUGGAAGUAGAGAACGCUGACCAGUUGUCAUCAAGUGACGAGAAAAGACCGCACCAGCCCCGAGAGAUAAAAAGAUGCAUGUUUUUGGACGUGUCAGUGUGGAAAAUUCCGGCUUUCGUUGCUAUAAACUUGUCUUCCGGUAUUGCGCAAUUUGGGCAUUUUGUUCCACAAAUUCAUCUGAUACGAUUCUGCGAAGACACUGGUAUAACUGCUGACAAAGCCUCCAAGCUCUACAUUUAUUACGGAAUAUCUUCAGCCACCGCACGGGUGAUAUCGGGCCGAAUUUGCGACAUGAGAACAAUAAACCCAAUGUACAUCUAUCAAGGGGUGGAAUUUGUGGUUGGUUUGUCGACAAUUCUCAUCACCCUCGCUGACAGUUACUCUGAUAUGAUUGUGUUUGCUGUGUUUUAUGGAUUUUGCGAUGGAUGUUUCAUAACGACCUUAAACGUUAUUCUUUUGACGAGCGUUGAAGAAGCGAAGAGGCCGGCCUGUCUAGGAUGGAAUAUGCAAGUUGCGUCAAUUUUUAUGGGCAGUGGUCCGCCUAUCGCAGGUAAGAACGUGACGUUACACACAAGUGAUUUUAUGCUAAGUCCUGUUUAGCUCAUGUGGAAGGCGCGGUGGCCUCAUCAAUGUGGUUAGUGCGCUCGACUCCGGAUCGAACGGUCCGGGUUCGAGCCCUGGCAGGGGACAUUGUGUUGUGUCCUUGGGCAAAACACUUUACUCCCAC